UUGGGUUCAGAGUGAAUGUGGUUUGAUCAACAAUAUGCAGUUCUCACACUGAAGAACAAGUUUCACAUCUGCUGUCAAGUCAAAUCUUGUGUUUCAUGGGUUUAGCGGUUAUGGUUAUGGUUAUGGAUAGGCAGUUCAUAGGAAAUAUAGAAGAAACCGAGUUAAUCACAACACCAGUAACAGUCCGCACUCGGCUCUCGAGGGAAGAUUUAAUCGAUUGAGACGUUUACAGAAUGACUGCAGGUUAAAACUGCCUGAGCUCUUCUCAGUUCUGACUCCAUUAUGACUGGCGUUGUGUCUCUAAAUAGCAGCAUGUAAACACUGAGUCGGUCAGAUCAGAGGAAGUGAGCAAACACAGGAAGGGUGGACAGUGUUUUAAGAAAGAGUUGUAAUGAAGAGUAAGACUGUCAGAAAGAGAAAAUGUCUGAUAAGUGUCAUUUGUGUCUGCUGGGACUGAUCUUUCUCUCUUCGCUUCUCACAGGUUCCAGUGGAGUGAUUGAGACUCAUGUGUUCAUCAGUUCUGGUGAAAAUGUCCGUCUGCCCUGUAAUAAUGCUCUUCCUGACUGCAAAUCAACUGUAUGGAACUACAACGGCAAUUUAACAGCAGUUGAACUGAUUGGUUCAGGGAUAAAGAAGACAGACAUUGAGAGACAUGAGAGACUGAGUCUGGGGUCUGACUGCUCUCUGAACAUCAAUAACGUCACAAAAGAAGAUUAUGGCAUUUACACCUGCAGACAAUAUGUGAAUAACAAACAAGGACCUGAUGCUCGAGUUUUUCUGCAUGUUCUUCAUGUCUCUUCAUCAUCAUCAUCCUCACAGACUGAGAUCAGUGCAGGCCGCUCUGUGACUCUCUCCUGUCAGUUGUAUUCAUUUUCAUUUGCUGGAGUCUCUUGUGAUGAUUUGAUCCGUUCUGAGAAAAUUGAGCUGUUCUGGGUGAAUCAGACUGGUGUUAAUCUGACGAUAUCAGACUCUGGAUAUCAGAUAUCAGCUUCAAGACUCUGCAUCAGCACUCUGACUACAACACUCCUGAAUGAAGAUGACCACAGAGAGUGGAGAUGUGAAGUUACUCACGGAAAUCAAGUGAAGAGCACAGCCGCAUAUAAUGUCAAGAGUUCAGAUCCAGCACGAACUGAAGUCAGUAGGACUGCUGGAUCAUUACUCAGAGUGAUUGUGAUUAUUGUCGAGUUUGCAGUAUUUGUUGCCCCUACUGUGAUUCUUCUUCAGAUCACCUGUGCUGAAAACAAAGAAAAAACUCUGACCACCCUGAGGAAACAGUGAUAACAUACAUUAAAAAAACAAAAACAAAUACCAGGCGAGAUUUAUAGUUUAUGGAUAUUUGCAUGCAGUGUUCAAAGUCAUUUUCUUGUGUGGUAUAAUGGACAGAUUGUUUGUAUAAUAAUCCUCUCUCUGUUCUGUCUGAUGGAGCUGCUUUGGUGAGUCUUGUACAUUCUUGCAUUUAGAGUUUAUUUUUAUUUAUUUAUUUUAUUUUGGAUGAUUUCUACUAAUAUUUUUAAUAAAACCUCUGCUGUUCUGUUUAUUAUUUCA